AUGUACAUGAUCUCAGGCAGUUGGGUCACUGUCCCAUCUAAAGCUUCAGACACAAUAAAGAGAUGCUUCAAGUGUAGAGGCCUCGCGACAAGAGUCGAGAUCCAAGGCAGUCAAUUCACUAUCAAUCUACUUGGCAUGAUGAUGGUGGGCUCAGAUGGAUACUUGCUCUCCAUUGCAUGGACUGAUGGUAAUGCGAAGACAUUCUUUCCAAAGAAAGUCUUCUGUGGAGGUGGCAGAGCCAUUUCCAACAUGGAGAGUUUGGCCCCAACAUCAUCUUUACCGAGACCCUCCUUUGAUUCCUUAGGGGAGCUAGAGAAGUUGGAAGAGGAUAGUUCCAAGUACAAGGUGGUUAGAGAUACCUUCUUGAAGGGACUGAAGAAAAAAGAUAAGACGGCGAAGGUCACUGCUGUGUACUCCUGCAAACACUCAUCGACCUUUGGGGCUAGCUGGUCGAGGGCCUAUGAACGGGUGGCAGAGAUCACAGCCGAGACCAAAACAACAGGAAAUGUUAGUUAUGGAUGGUAUGGGUCAAAUCCUCAAAGGAUGCAAGAGAUAAGUGGAAAAGGAUUUGGACUUGAAGAUGCACUACAUGGUGCAUUUGGUUGUGGCAUUUACUUUGCGCCAGAAGAACACCCCAGCCUAAGCUCCUCAUUUCUUAAACCUGACAUUAACGGGGAGUAUCAUAUAAUGCUCUGCAAGGUGACAUUAGGAAACACCGAGACGAUCAGAGAGGGAUCUAACCAGUAUGCUCCUUCUGAAGACCAUCACGAUAGCGGCGUCAAUGAUAAUGAGAAUCCAAAGUGCUAUGUUUUAUGGACGAAAAACAUGAGCGCUCACAUACUUCCCCAAUACGUUAUCAGCUUCAGAAUUUCAGAGAAACUAGAAGGGUAUUGGAGAAGCCCACAACACCUGCGAGCUUCAUGUUAUCCACUGCUUGAAAGAUCCAUCGCACUACGAUCAGCUGACGGGGGUAUAAAUUCAUCAUUGUUGUUGUUCUUUUGGCCAUUAUUAAUUAUUAUCAUUGUUGUUAUUGUAAUCCUUAAAGAUGAAGCAAUAAAGUAGUAAAUAAAU